GCUAUGUGAGAUCUUGGAGCGGAUAUCCGGUCUCUUUUUCGUGGCGGACCGUCGUUGGGCCGGUUUGCAAAAUGAAGCUCAACAUCUCGUUCCCCGCCACUGGCUGCCAAAAGCUUAUCGAGGUGGAUGAUGAACGCAAACUGCGUACCUUCUAUGAGAAGCGCAUGGCCACCGAGGUGGCUGCUGACCCCCUUGGAGAUGAGUGGAAGGGUUAUGUGGUGCGCAUCAGCGGAGGCAAUGACAAGCAGGGCUUCCCAAUGAAGCAGGGCGUGCUGACUCAAGGCCGUGUGCGCCUGCUGCUCAGCAAGGGCCACUCUUGCUACCGUCCCCGCAGGACUGGCGAGCGCAAACGCAAGUCUGUCCGCGGCUGCAUCGUUGAUGCUAACCUCAGUGUUCUCAACUUGGUCAUUGUCAAGAAAGGCGAGAAGGACAUCCCCGGGCUGACCGACAGCACCGUUCCCCGUCGCCUUGGUCCCAAAAGGGCCAGCAAGAUCCGCAAGCUCUUCAACCUGGCCAAGGAGGAUGAUGUCAGACAAUAUGUUGUGAGGAGACCCCUGACUAAAGAAGGCAAGAAGCCAAGAUCAAAGGCUCCCAGGAUCCAGAGACUAGUGACCCCUCGUGUGUUGCAGCACAAACGCCGCCGCAUUGCCCUUAAGAGGAAGCGCACCCAGAAGAACAAGGAGGAGGCAUCAGAGUAUGCCAAGCUUCUGGCUAAGAGGAUGAAGGAGGCCAAAGAGAAGCGCCAGGAACAGAUCGCCAAGAGGCGCCGCCUUUCUUCUCUCAGGGCAUCAACAUCCAAAUCAGAGUCUAGCCAAAAGUGAACUCAAAGUCAAAUAAAGUAAUGUUUGGUCUAAA